UCCAGCAGCUAGCGCUCAGCUCCUGCUCGAUCUUCUUCCAUGGCGCGCGCCUGCUACUGGCGCUCGGCCUCCUGCCCACCCCCUGCGUUUUUCCCCUGCUGAAGCUUUUCCAUGGCAUCCUGUUUUCUGUGCGCGUUUCUCGGCGCCCGGCUCCCUGCUCGAGCUCCCCACCCAUGGCCGCCCUCAACCCCAUGGUCGAGCUCGCCCAGCUCCCUGCUCCGGUGACUAGCGCUCAGCGUCUGGAUCCCUGGAUGCUUGCCCUGCUCGCCGCCAUUCCGCUAGAUCCUGCGUGCUCCAGCCAUGGCGCCCUCCCUUGCUUCUCUCUCCCUCUGCCAUUCUCCAGCUCGCCCAGCCCCUGCUCCUGCUCGCCAUGGCUGCCGCGCCCUCCCAGCCGCAGAGUUACCGCGCGCGUGAGCUUCUCUUUUGGCCAUCGCUGUUCCCUGGUGCAGUCGCCUAUGCCGCGCGCUCUCUCUCCAGCGCCCACCCCCAGCUCGGCCCUCCACCUCCCUCUCGUCUGGAUACCGGUGCUGCUCGCCCUGAGCUCCUGCCUUGGCCGUCGCAGCUUCAAAUCCGUGGACGUCGCCCAUGGAAGCUCGCCGAACUGUGUCCAAACUUUUCCUGCGUCGGUCGUGGUCUUCAAGCACCGACGCGCGUGUCCCUGCUCCCAGAUCCAAGGCCGGUCGUCGUGUAUGCUCGCCUCGGUUGUGUGGCCAUGCUCCUGUCCCAGUCACCGCCGAUGAAGGUCCGUCCUGUAGCAGCACCCUAGUGGUCGUCGACUUGGAGCUCUGCAAUGACUCCAUGCCCGAGCUCGCCCUCAACUCUACAGCACCGCCGAGCUCGGUCCGGUCCUUUGCUGCAGCUCGUCCCCAUGGCCGCCGCAGUCCUGCCGAGAUCCCUGUCGUUCGCGCGCUGCUCCUCCCUCACCAUGCCGCGCGGAUCCCUCUCCUUCCAACCCUGCUCGGAUUGUGUCGCGCUUGCUGUCGCGUUCGGCCUGCUCCGGAUCCGAAGUUGGUCGCCUCGGUGUGAAAUCGUCGUCGCGUCCAGGUUUUGACAUGUCUCCCUACUCGUCGUCGAACUUGGGUUCCCUGCUCAGCCUUUAGCGCUAGCGCGUCGCCGUGAGGUUACCGUCUCGCCGUGAUUCCCUGGUGGUCCGUGUCUCUGCAUGUUCAAAUCGUCAACCUCGUGCACCACCUGCUCUCUAAAUGGGAAACCAACAGUCUUCUCCCUGCUCCUCUGCCCGCAGCCGCGUUCCUCUACCGGCCAUCAGUUGCCGCUGAACCACUGUCGGAUUAAUUUUCAGCUUCCCUCGCGCGGCUCUCUGGAGAUAAGCUCUUCAUCGACUGUCGCUCCCAAUCUUCAGUUCGCCGACUGACUGUCGUGUUCCUUAUUUUCCCUCGUCGGUCGACCUCGUCGCGACUUUGUUCGUCCAUCGUGCUGGUCGCUAUCCCAUACUGUACCUAUUAGCUCGGAUCCUGCCCAGCUCGUUGUCGCGUCGUUUGCCGUCGAGUCGUCAAACACGUCAUCCCCUGCUCGACCCCCACCUCACCAGCUCGCUCCAAACACGAUCUCGUCGUCGUUCCGCGCGUCAGCAAGAAAUCCCAAGAAUCGGGUGAAAACGAAGCUAGCAGCGCGAUAUUCCCUAAGCGCUCGACAAAUUGCCUGUAUCGGAAAAUCGCUACCGAUCCCGCGGAUUCGUGUCAGUUGUGGAAACGGUAAGCUGAUAAAUUAUUCAGAAUAGCUCGAUCGAUGAAUAAAUAAAUGUGCUAGUGCGAUGCUUAUUAAGGUGCUCGAUAAAUUGCGUAAGUCACGAAACUCUCGUCGACUUCGCAGUUCUUGCGAUUAUCGAGCCAGGUUCAGUUAUAGUGAGUUAUCUCGCUAUUCCGGUCAAUUAGUUG